CUUGGAACUCUUGUCUUGGAACUGGUAGGGUAGUAAAACUAAACAGACGAUGUAUGAUGGAAGUAAAAUUAACAAACUAAAUUAAAAUGACUCAACGAAACGAGCCAAAAAACAUCAUCCAAUCCAACUCCAGGGCCGGAAUUGAUAUUAUUGAGAAAUUUAAGAUAAAAGAUACUGAUUAGUGAUUGAUUACCAUUAUAGUGACUAGUGAGUGAUUAUUGACUUUGAUAGUGAUUACUGACUACUUAGCUGACAUCUACUCCUGCUGUAAACUGUCUUAAUUUAUUAAGAAUUAUUAUGUAGGGCCUAGGUAGUGAGUGUUGUAGUUUCAAGCAAUUUCUUUCAACAAUAACAGUUUAAUACAUUUGUAUGAAAAUGAAGGAAGCUAAAACAGCAGUUAAAACUCAUGCUGGCAAGGAGAAUGAACCAGUUGAAAACACAGCAAGGAAGAAAACAAAAGAAGAAAAACCCCCUACGAAGGUCAUAGUUCGCAGACUGCCCCCCUCUAUGACGGAAGAGCAGUUUAAGGAACAAGUAUCGCCAAUGCCUGAUCAUGAUUACUUCUACUUUGUGGCUGCAGAUAUGUCACUGAUGCCUAAUGCAUUCUCUCGAGCUUAUAUCAACUUUAUUGAUCAAAAUGAUCUGUUCAUAUUCACUGAGAAGUUUGACGGAUAUGUCUUUCUCGAUAACAAAGGUGGUGAAUUCCCAGCUGUUGUUGAGUUUGCUCCGUUUCAACGUAUACCAAAAAACCGACCUACUCGGAAGAAAGACUCGAAGGUGGGCACAAUCGAAGCUGAUCCCGUUUACAUUGCUUUCAAAGAGAGGCUGGAAACAGAAAACUUAGAGAACAAAACUGCAAACAAUGUCUCAAAACAACAUUUCUUUGAAACAUCGACUCUAGAGAAAAAAGAAGAGGUGAGCAAUACUCCCCUGCUGGACUUCAUAAGGAACAAGAGAGCUGAAAGACAGAGGAUCAGGGAUGAGAAGCGGGAGGAAAAGAGGAAAAAAGACAUAGAAAGGAGGAAGGCCAAAGACGAGCAGAGGAAGGUAAAGAAGGAGGACGAGCCAUCUGUUGUCAAAACCCUUCCAUCAACUCCUGUCAAUCCAAAUCCUAAAACCAAAGAAGCUUCACUAGAUGAUAAGGAAAAAAGUGAAUCUCCAUCCUGUGUCAAAGCAGAGAACCCGAACUCAACAGCUGUUACUGAAACAACUGAGCCAUCUAAAGAAAAACACUUUGAACAAGUUGAUAAAAAGGUUACAAAAAUAAUGGAAAAUUUUUACGAAGCCAUCAGUGGAACGAAUAAGGAUACAUCUAAGCCUAACAAUAUCGGAAAUUUGCCUAGUUUCAGAAAACAUGAAGAUAUUGAAAGUGAAAUGUUGAAAAACCGUGAAAAGAAGACUUAUGAAUCAAGAGAAUCAACAGUGUUUUUGCAACAAGCAACUUCACCGUCUAAAUUAAAGUUUACGAAAAUGAGUAAUAGGCCAGCUGUUUGUGAGUCUCGAGGGAGAUUACAGAUGAAUGUGCCGAGAAAAGUGAUGUUCACUCGCAAUCACAGUGAUGUUGUAAUGACACCUGUCAGGGUGAACAAAGUGGGUCCGCCAGAUUGUCAGGGAUUUGUUAGAGAAUGUGAGAUCAUAAGACCUACGAGAUCAGUGAGAAUGAGGAAUGAUGGCCCCUCUGAAUGUCAAGUUGUUAGACAUGUUAGGCCAAUCAGAAUAAACAUACCUUUGAUUCCAGGAAACUACAAACCCUCUGUAGGGAAACCAUUUGAAGUAAGAACCCCUCUUUUGAUGGGUGUUCCCACAAAUCAGAACAGUAGAAAUGAAUCAUAUCAAAAUACUACCUCCAAUCAGAAAUCAAGGAAUAAUGAUAUAGAACACUCUCAUGUUCAAAAUGCUAAAUUCAGUGAACGUUCUAAGGAAAACUCUACAAAAGACUUGGAAGCCAAAACGUUUGCAGAGAAAUCAGAGAUGUUGAAGAAGAAUUUGGAAAAGGUUGUUGCAAAUGUUUUAGACAAUACAAAAGUGAGUAGUCCGAAAGAGAUAGAUAAACCAAAAACUUUUGUUAGACGAUAUUCUGGGAUCGGAGACGUAUGUCGUGGGAGAGGUUAUAACACUCCGAACUAUUAUCUUCCGCCUAGAGCUUAUGGGUUUGGUAUGGUUGACAACAACGCUAAGGAUAAAAGUAACACGGCUAGACCUUUAUCUUCUUUUGCUGGAAAAACACCAGGAAAGAAGUCACUGCCACCUUUUUCUAAGAAAUCUUUGUAUUUGUCUAAAUCUGAUGGAGACAUUGAUAAACCUGAAACUGUUAGCAGAGUUGGGGGUUCUGAAGAGAGUGUGAGAAAAUCUCCGCAAACAUUUGUCCUUAAAAGACCUUCUGGCUCUCCAGCAGUGGUUUCAAUAGUUGGAAACAAAAAAUAGUUAAAUUGAUGUUUUUAAUUUUGAACGCUCAAUUGACCAAAUUGAUACAAUUAUGAUGUUUGAAUUCAUAUAUUUUUUGUUGAAUCACGCAUUAACAUUUCAAAUUACUAGAUAUCAGUUAAGUUCAUACCUGUUUGUAAUUCACUCAUGUUGGUUAGCAGUGAAUGUGUAGUGGCUAUUUGUUACGGUUCCAGGAAAAUAUAUAUUUUUGUUCUUAAAUUGAACUGUCAGUUUGUUAGCUUAGAGGUAUAAAAAUAUUCUAUGGAUAAACUAACAAACAAAUACUGAGACAGCUGUGGAUCUUUUAUUGACAGACUUGAUGCAAAUAAUUGUUGCUUAAUGGAAACAU